GAUAGUUUAUGCAAACUGGGAUCAUCCUUGGAUCUUCAUCAACCUUUCCUAUUUAGCAUGCUUUCUCCCAGACUUGAGCUGAAUAAAGUGUUCUGUGCUAUCAUGGAGAUUCUUGCACCUCUGGGGUCUCUUUUUUUCUUCUUCAGAGUGAUGGCUUUAGCACUUUAGUGUGAACUGUGUGCGUUCUCCCCGGGAUGGAGAAUGUCCCCAUGGGCUUGUUGUUGCUGCUGCCUGCCUUCUAUUUGCAUGAUAUUUUUCUUUUCAGCCUUAUCAUCAGUGGUCUGCUGUGAGGAGGAGGGAGUGGAGCGCUGGCUGCAUCUCAGAGGUUGGACUCAAGCUUUAUCAGCAGGCGUUUCGCUCCUGGAUGCCAUAAUGACGCAGAAAGGACUUGAGCGCUCUUAAGGACGCUGCUGCUUGAACAUUUUAGAGGAAACCCGAAGGUGGGAUGCAGAAUUAAAGACUUAAAGAGUUGGUCCCAGCAUGUCUAAACCAAUGGAUCACGUCAAACGUCCAAUGAAUGCGUUCAUGGUUUGGUCCAGAGCCCAGCGCAGGAAGAUGGCUCAGGAGAACCCUAAGAUGCACAACUCUGAGAUCAGCAAGAGGCUUGGAGCGGAGUGGAAACUUCUCACCGAGUCGGAGAAAAGACCGUUCAUAGACGAAGCCAAGCGGCUGAGGGCGAUGCACAUGAAGGAGCACCCAGACUACAAAUACAGACCGAGGCGGAAGCCCAAGACUCUCAUGAAGAAAGAUAAGUUUUCCUUCCCGGUGCCCUAUAACCUCGGCGAGCACGAUGCACUCAAAGUGAGCGGACUCUCUGCUGGAGCGCUUUCCGACUCCGUUAUUGGGAACCCGGACAAGGCGGCGGCAGCGGCUGCAGCCGCGGCUGCCAGAGUCUUCUUCAACCCGUCCAUGACCACGAACCCCUACUCUUUUUUUGACCUAGGAUCCAAGAUGACCGAACUUUCCCCUCCUUCAUUUCCCUACGCGUCUCCCUUGGGUUACCCGCCGGGAGGCGCCACGGCGUUCACCGGGACUGGCGGCGUGGGUGGCGGGACGCACACUCACUCCCACCCGUCCCCCGGAAACCCCGGCUACAUGAUCCCAUGUAACUGUUCGGCCUGGCCCUCAGCGGGGCUCCAGCCGCCCUUGGCGUACAUCCUGCUCCCCGGGAUGGGGAAACCUCAACUUGAACCGUACCCAGCUUACGCAGCGGCGUUAUGAUAGGCCCGCUCUGGACUUCUGGCGCAAUGUGAAAAAAGACCGCAGUUAUUCAUGCAAGAGUUUUAUUAUGCAUGCAAAAGAGAGUAAAACAAACGUGUACGUGUGAUGAAGCCUCAGAUAUCACACGAGGCUGUCUGACCUUUAUCAGGUAGAGAACUCUCUGACUCAAGAUGCGCAAAGGUUCCAGGAGCACGAACUCAUUUUUGGAUCAUCUUCUGAUCUGGACUGUAGCGCUGUAAAUGUGUACAGAUAAAUUAGUUUAUUUGUAGACUAGUGUUUUGAGAUGAAAGGGACACACACACACACACACGCACACGCACGCGCACGCACGCACACACACGCACGCACACGUACACACCGGUGUAUAUUAUAAGUUUUUAAACCGUUUUAUAGAUGUCUGUAAUAUUUAUUGUUUAGUGAAUUAUAUGAUGACCCAGACGAAUAAAAUGGAGGAAAAAAGGACAAACUAUUUGCACAUGGAAUCAAUAAGGAUGUAAUUUAUUUCGAAGGUCAAUUCGGGUUUUUAUUUUAUUUUUUUAAAUCUAUGGAAUAACUUUUUUAUGCCUCACCCCAUUUUUUUCUUCCUUAUGUGCUUCACGAAAAAACUUGUAAUAUUUUGUGUUUUCUUUUCCGUUAUGUACCUUAUAAACUGUUCACUUGUUGAGCAAAAAAAAAAAAAAGACUUACAAUAAAGCCUAUUCGGAUUAAAACAGGAGGGAAUCGCGGCUGCAGUUCUUGAUGAGAUGAAAAAGAUUGGUAUCUUCUUGUCCUGCUGCUGCUGCUGCUGCAGGUGAAGUGUAAGGUAUCCUCCAAAGGCCGCUUUUGUCCGCGCUCUCAAUGCUCUACUGGGAGGUGGGGGGGAUCUAAAUCAGCUCGUUGUUACCAAGAGCCAAAAACCUUAUUUAUACAAUUUUAAUCGUGGAUAUAGGACGCAAGAUAAAACUCUAAGCUUUCUGUUCCCAAGGAAGGAGAAAACGUGUUUUUUUUAUUAUUUUGGCUGCAGGAAUGAGCUCGUUUUUUAUUUAAAUGUGAGAAAAAACAAUAAAAUUCAGUUAUUUAAACAAAAUGCGCACAUGCAAAUGUGUUGUGGCAUGUUUACGGGAAAAAUGCACUUCUAGAUUACACUUAAGAUGAAUUCAUAGGAUCAGAGCGAUUAUGCAAAACUAAUUUGGACAGUCCAGGGAUAAUUAUCUCCGUCACGGUUAAUUAACCCCUUUCAGCUCCGUGCUCUGAAUUGUACACCUCCAAUUCCCCCCACUUCCUCCUUGUUGGAAUAAAAAAAAGCAACAAAAUGAAAUUUAAUAAUAUAAUAUUUGAACUUGAGUUUUACUUUGUUUGCUGCAUAAUAAAAAACGCACUUUCUUGUC